AUGCCUGCAAGUGUCGAGGAUAUAAGAAACCUGCAAUUCUUGGAUUUGUCAAGGAGUAUGAUGAUUAGAGCUAUUCCUGAAUCCUUUGGCAAUCUCACACUUUUGCAGUAUUUUGAUAGGUCUGGAGAUUUGUCUCAAAAUGCAAUAAGUGGAAAGUUACCAGAGAGUAUUGGAAAUCUUAGCCAAUUGCAGCAGUUAAAAAUGGAAAGCAAUGGCAUCACUAGUGGACUACCAAAAUCCGCAGGAAAGCUCUCCAGCUUGCGAGAAAACAAGGAUGGUUCUGCUGCAGAAAUUAGGGAGGGUCUAACUGCACUACGUCUGGGAAAAAAUAUGCUGAAUGGAACAGUUCCAGUGAACAUAGGCCAAUUAUCUAAACUGGGUCAACUGCAUCUUCCUUUAAAUUCUUUGAUGGGUGUCUUAACUCCAUCUCCUGUUGCCAAUCUAGUAAACUUGGCAUAUUUGGACUUGUCCUACAACUCAUUGCAAUUGAAUAAUAUGUUCUUGCAAAGUAAUCUCCCCCAUUUUCCCACUUGGGUUAAAACUCAGACAAAAUUUGGUGACCUUCGCUUAUCAGAUGCUGGAAUUUCAUGCAACAUCCCUGCAUGUUUUCCAUUAUUCUUCUGUAACCUUACUACCAUUGAAUUACUUGACGUAUCUAAUAAUGACAUGUCUGGAAGACCUCCUAGCUGCUGGAAUUCAACAUCAGCGUUAGGAAUUAUUGAUUUAUCUGACAAUAAUUUCAUUGAGCAAUUAUCAAAACUCUCAUCUCUUCAGAUCCUGGAUCUUGCACACAACAAUCUAUCAGGAUGCAUUCCUCAUUCUUUUGGAGAUUUCAAAGCCAUGCUUUCUGCAUUGGGAAUAUCUCUUGAUAAGUACAAAGGGCCUCCAGAUGUAAUUCUCCAAGGCAUUUUGCGCCAAUUAGUGACUGUAAGAGGUGCAAAUGUUGAAUUUCAAGCCAAUAUUCCUAAGAAACUACUGAACUCAUUCAAAGUCUUAUCAUCUGAUCCUAUUGGCUAA